ACAUUUGACAGGAAACGUCCGACCCUGGGUCUUGUUGGCCAAUCAUCGUCGAUGGAAGGCGGCGAUUUCGCUGAGAUUCCCCCACGUGACCCUCCUCAGUAGUUCCCAGGCGGUCACAUCGCGGAGCUGUAGACUAUGCAUCAGAAGGUCCUGUUGUUCGUUCUUCUGGCGGCAGGCCUCCUCUGCCUCAGCCUGGUCCCUGUCUGUCAGGCCCAGGAUCUGGAUGAGGACGUGGACGUAGAGGACGACCUGGAUCUGGGGUUGGCUGGAACCGAGGACGAUGAGGAGGAGCUAGAGGGAGACGAACAGGAUGAAACCCCGCCUGCAACAAAAACUGCUGCACCAAAGGUGACCUACAGGGCUCCAGAACCAAUGGGGGAACACUUCUUCGCAGAGUCCUUUGACCGGGGGACCCUGGACGGGUGGGUUCUGUCCAAGGCCAAGAAGGAUGAUGCAGAUGAAGAAAUAGCAAAAUAUGAUGGUAAAUGGGCAGUAGAAGAGAUGAAGGACAGUAAGCUCCCAGGUGAUAAAGGUCUGGUCCUGAAGUCCCGAGCCAAACAUCACGCCAUCUCUGCACAUCUGCUGCGACCUUUCGCCUUCGACGCCAUGCCCCUCAUCAUCCAGUAUGAAGUGAACUUCCAGUCUGGGAUCGACUGCGGUGGCGCCUACGUCAAGCUGCUGAGUGAGACUCCUGAUCUGGACCUGGAUCAGUUUGUGGAUAAGACUCCGUACACUAUCAUGUUUGGACCAGACAAAUGUGGAGAAGAUUAUAAGCUGCACUUCAUCUUCAGGCACAAAAAUCCCAAAACCGGCGAAUACGAAGAGAAGCAUGCCAAGAAACCAGACGCUGACCUGCGGUCCUACUUCACAGACAAAAAGACUCACCUGUACACUUUGGUGGUGAACAGCGACAACAGCUUUGAAGUUCUGGUGGAUCAGACGGUGGUGAACAGCGGCAAUCUGCUGACGGACGUGACGCCUGCUGUGAACCCCCCCGCUGAGAUUGAGGACCCCAACGACCACAAACCGGAGGACUGGGACGAGAGGCCAAAGAUCCAGGACCCCGACGCCGUAAAACCUGAAGACUGGGAUGAAGAUGCUCCCGCUCAGAUUCCUGAUGAAGACGCAGUCAAACCAGAUGGUUGGCUGGACGACGAGCCCGAGUACAUCGGAGACCCCGACGCCAUCAAACCCGAUGACUGGGAUGAGGACAUGGAUGGAGAAUGGGAAGCUCCCCAGGUCCCCAACCCCGCCUGUGAGAGCGCCCCCGGCUGCGGCCCCUGGAAACGGCCAAUGAUCGACAACCCCAACUACAAGGGCAAGUGGAAGCCCCCAAUGAUUGACAACCCUAACUACCAGGGCAUCUGGAAGCCGAGGAAGAUCCCCAACCCAGAUUACUUUGAGGACCUGCAGCCGUUCAAGAUGACGCCGUUCAGCGCCCUGGGACUGGAGCUCUGGUCUAUGACCUCCGACAUUUUCUUUGACAACUUUUUCAUCACCAACGACCGCAACACGGCCGACCGCUGGGCUGCUGAUGGCUGGGGGUUGAAGAAGGCAGCAGAGGGUGCUGCUGAGCCUGGUCUGGCAGCUCAGAUGCUGACCGCCGCAGAGGAGCGUCCCUGGCUGUGGAUAGUCUACGUCCUCACUGUGGCCCUGCCGCUCGUCCUCAUCGUCGUCUUCUGCUGCACAGGAAAGGAUAAGAAGAAGACUCCAGCAACCGCAGCAGAAUACAAGAAGACAGACGAACCUCAGCCUGAUGUGAAGGAGGAGGAAGGUGAAGAAGAGGAAAAGGCUGAGGAGGAAAAUAGCAAAUCAGCUGCAGAAGAUAAAAGUGAUGAAGAUGAGGCUGCUGCUGAGGAUGGAGAGGAUGGAGAGAAGGAAGCCAACUCAGAUGAGAAAGAAGAUGACAUUCUGCGGAGAUCUCCCAGGAGCAGGAAGGUCAGAAAGGACUGAUAUCUCUAAAUCUUUAUCCUUGUCCCCCCACGCCUUCCUCCCGCCUCCCCCACGUCAUCUUCCUCCUCCUCUGCUCCGAGGCCACAAAGCCUGAAUGGAUCUGGAAAAAGCAGUGGAGCCGACAGAAUAAUGAUCAUGAUUCCA